AUGACAUCAAGUAGCCUCUUUGUAUCGUCUCUCAUGGUCUCGAUGACCCGCGUCUUGGAAGCUACGUGCCAGGAGAUGGGCAGUUUCGUCGGGCUCGGUGGCGAUCUGUCGGGUGAAGCUGGUGUUUGGGUUUCUCAGAUAGCGAACAAAGUAGCCGAAGAGAGCAUGAUUGUUCGCCAAUCGCUGGACAACUAG